CAUAAAUAUUGCAAAAUAAAAUGGGAGAUGGAAACGAUGUUACUAAUAAAUCUUUUGUGGGGAUCCUAACGAUCCUUCUUGCUUUAGCUAUCCUCAUCGCCUUCGUGGUGUUCUUGGUGCUUAACCUGAGACAUUGGCGUACACAGACUUAUAAGAUCAGAGUGAUCCAGAGGCGAGCAGAUAUCAGGAAUAAGAAAAAGAGCCUGAAAAAUAACGACACAGUCAUGGUCAAAGAUGUAACAACCACGGAAUUCAAACAAUUCGUGUUGAAUGAAAUGAUCAAAAUAGUGGUCAAGAUGAACAGUCUGAGAUUUAAAACUGUAUACUGGAUCACAUGCGAUAAAUAUUAUCAUUAUGCCAUCUGGGUCUAUUUGGAGCUCACCAAAUGUUGUAAGAAAUGUAGAAAGAAGGAAGAGAAUAAGGAAGAUGGAGGUGAAGAGCAUGCUAAAAAUUUUAACCUCCUUAAGCCUUUAAGUAGGUUUUACCACUUUAUUAAUAUCACUGGGAUAGUAUGCAUUUGGUUAAUUGUAAAUUUAAUCAUUGCUGUGUUGGUGAAAUAUGAAAAAGCAAAUCAAGGAAUUUCUUUUUCAACUUUUCUUAUUGGAGUGAUUCUAUCUACCCUUUUUGGUCAUAUUUGCAUCAUGGUGAUUACCAAAAUUCUUCAUAAUCUUUAUAUGCGAAAUAUUGAAGAUGCAUUUUCUGAGAAAAAGCCCAAAAUAAGCCUCAAGCAAAAAUACAAUACCGAUACUCAAAAAUCCGAAAUCACUCCUAUCCUCUCAAACGAGUACAAAGAUACCGAAAACCUCGAAACAAAUACCCCAUUCAACAACCUCGACCUCCAAAACAAACCCUCUUCCGCUAAACUAGACACCUUCAGAUCCACCAAUUCCCUCAAUUCAAGGCCCUUAACCUCCCCUCACCCCCACAAAAUCCACCCAGAAGCCUCAAAUCGCACCCAAAAUCCUCCAAUUUCCCUCUCUCCCCACUCUCUUCCUUACCUAGGAGACACUGAAGUCCUCACCUCUGAAUCCGUCCAGCCCAAUACUCUCUUCAACACUACGAUUUUUGUCUCGCUUCUGGGGGUACUUGCAUUCAUAACUUUCUUCUGCUGAAUUUAUACAUACCACAAAUACUCCCAGUCAGUGAUCCUGUCCUGCUUAGUCAUGGUAGUGAUCUCUGUUGUGUGAGAAGUAGUAGUAGUCAGGCCGAUUAGCUGUGGAGUUAUUAGUCUUUUGAUCAUGGUCAAGAGGAAGGUCAAGUCUAAAGAAAUUAUGAUGAGAGAAAUUGAUGAGGUGAAAGAAGAAUUGGGGCUGAGGGAUGAUAGAGGAGAGAAAUUGGAGGGAGAAGAUAGCCACUCUCAAAACUCCCUCCAAAGCCAACCACCCAAUCUCCAACAAGACCAACGCAACCCCUCGCUCAUCUCCGAUCACUCAGGCCCCAAAUCCCUCUCCUCCAGUGAAGAAUCCAAGAUCGAGACCAAGCAGCAAGAAACCCAGAUGAUCGACCACCUCAAGCAAGAAGCUCACUUAGAGAAAGCCAGUACUGUCCCACAUAGAGAGAAGAAGAGGCAGAGCAAAAGUGAAGCUGCCAAAAUCGCUAGGUAUAAUAUAAAACUGCUCGAGAGUAUAUAUCAAGCUUAUGAGCCUGAUAAAGCAGAUAAUGUAGUCAAGAUCUUUAGAAAAGGAGGAGUUUUUAGUGUCGAACCUAUUGCUGAAGAGGAUUUUGAAGAAAGCUUUGAAAGUUCCAACCAUGAUCUUGAGUCUCAAGGGACGAUGGAAGCAGCAGCGAACCUUAAAGGUUGUCUUAAUGGAGGAGUUAUAGAAGGAAGAGCUGUUGGAAAUACAGUUUUUGCCUCUGGAAAAGGCGAUCAAGGUACUCUUGAUGGCAUCAAGGAAGAAAACUCACAACUCUUUGAAGACUUUGAUGAUGAAAAAAGAGGAAAACUUGAUAAAAAGAGGGGAAAGUUAGGUGAAAAUAGUAAUGAUGAUAUAAAAAAUUCAAAAGAAGGGCAAUGCGACAAGACUGGAUUUGAGAUUGACAAUUACGAUAAGGCUCAAGAACUAGAAUCCAUCGAAAAAGAUACUGACUUCAAUGCUCUUGCAAAUGAUGUUAUGGCCGGAGCAGCAAUCACACAGUUAAUUGAAGAAGAGAAAGAAGGAAAAGCUACUAAAAAUAACAACAGAUAUGAAGAAUCUUCCUCAGAAUUUGAGGAUGAGACUUUCCUCGGUUUUGAUGACCAGAAGAAAAAGAGAAAAAGGAGGAGAAGAAAGAAGAAGAAACCUAAAUUUAACCCAAAAAUUAAGCGAUUAGAAGAGAUCUAUGAUAACCCUAAGGACAGGGCAAAGGGGGGAAUCUCCACACAAAGUAGGAUGAAUACGACAAGGAUGAGUUUUAACAGACAUAUUCCUGUUGUACUCCACAGAGAUGUAACUCGAAAACUCUCUGAUAUAUUUUCUCCUCCUGGAAAUACAUCUACUAAGAAUGUAGGGAUGAAGGUUGGAUCGAAGACAGGAACUAGCUGGGCCAAAAAAAAGGAGCUUGAGAAACAACCAACGACUUUGACGAGGAAGAAGAAGCCUACAAGGAAAUUGUCUGAAAGUUCUAGGGACUUAAAGUCUAGGGAGACAUUAUUAAACCAACAAAUUGCCAAUGCUGAGGCUCGUAGAGGGAGAAACAUCAGAGAGGAUAAUUUCUUGAGAACUUCAACCCACUUUGGCGGGGAAGAACGAGUCCACACUAGAAGAAGCUCUUCAAGUAGAGGUUUCUCAGAGAUCAGGAAGAAAUUGAAAAGAGGAAGCAGUGAUAAAAAGAAAGCAGUAAGCCACCAUGACUUUGCUCUUGAGAGCAGAAAAAUCAGGGAUAAGUUCAGAUCUACUAAGAGAAAGAAAUUUAUCAGGAGGAAAGCUUGCAGAUCUAAAUCUAUCAUAAGAUUUGAUGGUGACUCUCCUUACAUGGAGCAUCUUAUUGACAGAUACAGGGAAUAUAAACCUAAGGAGAAGAAGUAUAGAAGACCAAAAAGUAAUGCUUCUCAUGGAAGUCUAGUCAAAAGACUUGGUGAAGCAUAUAGCGAUACUCGUAGCUUCGCUGGUGAAAGCAGAGCAGGAAGUCGGGCAAGUAAAAGACCUUCCCGAAAAGGAUCGAAUACUAGAUCAUUACGUAGAAUAGGAACUUUCAAAUCCCAGAAAUCUGUAUCUUCAUCAAGUUUGCACUCUGUAAGAUCAACCAGGUCUCGAUUUAAAAGAAGGAGGCCAAAAAGGAGUCAAUCCAGCAAUGAUGACUCUUUUCUCAAAAUGGCGAAUCUUGUUAAGCAAAGGGUACUUAUGAAUAAAAUAUUGUAA